AAUUAUAGGAUAUUUAAAAAAAAUAAAUUCUCCUAGUGUCUGGAAACAAUUAGCGUGAUUAUCAUUUCAUAGUCGCGCUCACUUCUUGAUUUUCAAUAUCAUGACUCAACGAUAAAUUUCAGUAGGAAAUGUGCCGCUAUCGGCGCAGCAAAAUUCAGUCACAUAUGUGAUAUAAUUUAUUUAAUAUUAUUUUUAUCCAUCUAUUACGCAAGUUGCUCACUUAGAGAAAUACUCAAAAAAAAUCAUUCAAAAAAGGUUAUGAUGAUAUUGAACCUUAUAAUUUGUUAUUACGUGAAAUAAUUUAUUACUACCAGAAAUAUUCUUUCCUAUCUAAGUACUAUUCUCUAAAAAUUAAGUCCGCAAUGAAAGUUUGGAGAGACGCUGCUAGUCUUCUUCUAGCAGCUCGACAUCGUGUCAAACCAAAAGAAACUUCGUCAUCAGUUUUUACGUAUGACUAUCAAUUGAUGGCACUGAAGAGACACCAGAAUUCGAGUUUUAUGCCCGGAGCCUAUGUAUUUCCGGGCGGUACAACCGAACCGGCCGAUGCUGAUUUAAAAUGGAAUAAACUCUUCGCUGCCUUUGGAUUUGAUCAGAAUAAUUUUAAAUCACUGAUACCAAACACUAAUACACGGCCGCCAAUUUUCAAACAAGUAUCCAAUGAAUUGCCACGAGAAAUUUCUCUAAGAAUAACAGCAAUUCGAGAGACAUUCGAGGAAUGUGGAAUUUUACUUUGUAAAAGCUCGUCGAAAGUUGGUUUUUUGAAGGAUUGGGCACAAAAUUUUACCGUUCCAAACGGUGAACUUGAAAAGUGGCAGAGCAAAGUGCACAAUGAUCCGACAGAAUUUUACAAAUUAUGCGAAGGUCUUCAAUGUUACCCCGAUUUAUGGUCACUGCACGAAUGGAGCGAUUGGUUAACACCAACAACAAUAGGAAAGCGUUUUGAUACUGUUUUCUAUUUGGCUUGUCUUCCCGAAAUUCCCGAGGCUAAAUACGAAGAAACCGAAAUGGAGGAUUUAAUAUGGGCAAAUCCAAAGGAACUUAUUAACUCCUCAUCGAAUGUACUUUUAAUGCCACCACAACAGUAUGAAUUAGCGAGAUUAGCGAAAUUCGAAUCUUUGGAUAAUUUAUUAGAAUUCGCCGUCGAUCGAAGUAAAAUGGGAGUGCAAUUAAAUUUUCCCGUCAUGGUAAAAUUAUUAGACGGAACAGUAUUUCUUCUACCCGGAGAUUCAUUGUAUCCAAAGCAAGUGAGUUUUAUGGAGAAAAAUACUCUCGACAAAACAACAUUAACAAUUAGUGAAUUACGAAAUGAUUCACCAGUUAAAAAUCGUCUCGAAUUCUACGAUCUUGAGGUGAAAAAAAUAAUUGUCCACAAUCAUGAAAAUAUUGACGGUCACUUGUCACCACUUCCAGUACAAACUGUUCGCAUUAAGCCGAGUAAAUUAUAAAAUUUUGUAAAUUAAAAAAAAAUUUGCGAAGAAAUUUGUGAAUUAAAAAAAAAAACAAAUUGCGAAAUAAUUCGUGAGUUAAAAAUAAAUUACGAAAAGAAUUUGUAAAUUAAAAAUAUAUCCUUCGAAAAAAAUGUUAUUUUUCUACUGUAAUAUGUAAUUUUACCACGUUUCGUAAAUUAAUUUUUUGU